AUGGCGGACCACCUGUCAAUCGUGUUUUCCAGUCUCAGAAUCCUAUUGCAAGGUAGCAGCAGCACAGAGGGGCAGCUUGCCUACCGCCACUCAAUCCGGAGCGUCAGCGUGCUCUGUCCUGAGUGGCCCAUCAGAUCGACUCUCUCCGGUCAGAGCGGAUCCAACUACGACUCCAGCAGCUCCAGUGCCUCUAGGUCCAACAACUCCGGCUACUCUUCCAACUCCGCGUCCGUCAGUGAAGCGGACCUGGGUACCAGCGAGCUCACGAAGAUUGCUCACAGAAUGGUCAGCGACGGCUACACCCAGUGCAUGGUACGAGCAUUCCACAGCACAUCUCUCACGGAAACAACUGCGCUGAAUAAUUGGUUCGUCGAGCUCGACGUCGACUGGGUUCUCCAAUUACAGCCGCCGCUCCACCUCCAAACGGUGACUAUGUAUUGGCGCCAAGAAUUGGUCCAGAGGUGGAUCCGUGCUCUCACUAUAAUUGUCGCCAGUAUGAACGAAGUAAUGCUCGUAGACCACGAGGUGUUGGCUGUCGCACGGUUUGGCAAAGCGAGUAUCUCAGCAAUGCUCGGCGUUGUCGACACCAUGCUCGAUGUUAUCGUGGAGGAUAAGCUACAGGUUGCCCUGCACAUGUAUAUGUGCGUCUCCAGCGCAUCAUUGAUGAUGAUGCCUGAACUCUCUUUGAAAGCCCAACGCAUUUUCGAUGGGAUAAGCGUCUCCUCGAAGACACAAGAGAACGGGUUAGUUCAGGCCAUAUCCAGCACCACGAUGGACAUCGGGUCAGAAUAUUAUGGCAUCUAG